AUGAUGACGCGCGCGGUUCUGGAGCAGAUUCGAGUCGUAGUUCCUGGUCUGAAUAUGAUGUCGACUCAAGCCGCCGUGAUCACCGUGGUGGGAAGUACAGCCGCUGUCUCGAUGAUGGUCGGGCUGUCGAGUAUCAUUGGCUUCCCACUGCCAUUCGCCUUCGACUUGGGGAAGCCGGCAUGGAUCGCCGCGGUUGUGGUGAGCUUCGGCUUCCUGUUCGGACGAAAAUUACAGCACUUCGCCAUGAGACAGAAUUUCUACUUAAUCAUGCUGGCCGUCAUACGGAUUGCCGCCAAGAACUGGACGAGUUAUUGUCUUGGUACCAAGUACGACUUGAUGCCCCAGUGGAUCAUCUUCAACGUGGACGUGCUCAACUCGAUGUACGUCUCCAUCUCCAUCCAGAACUCCAAGUCCAUUAGCGUCAUCGUCCUGUCGGUUGUGUUGGAUGCCUUUCUGGCGUGGAUCGCCAUGACUGACGUGUUCAAGCUGCUCUGCUGGGAUGUUUUCGAAUGCCCCGCAGGAGGUUCAAACGCCUUGAUCUUCGUCAACGUCAACAUUUUACUGAUCGGCCCACUGCAUAUCGCCGCUGUGAAGGACUACUACCCUCAACUCAAAGGUGGGAUCCAGUUUGUGCUGCUGAUAGUGAACGGCUGGAUUCUCCAACGGACGCUCGGCAUCCCUAUGCUGCACCUGCUCUCCUUCGUGCUUGACCACGGGAGAAUUUUAGUGCAGACGAGUCUGUUCCUAUCGAUCUUCUACGCCAUCCAGAACUCUUUGUUUUGGAAGUAA